UUGUUCUCCUCCUUGUCAGGUCCAGCGGUUAGGCGCUUGUUAUCGGUGGUCAUGUCAUCUGAAUUCGCGUCGUUCGCGGCAUAUACCCCGCCACCCGAUGACCCUGCUGCACGCGCAUCAACGUCCCGAGCUUCUCGACCAUGGUUUCCCAGUCACACUUCCUCCAACACCGACACCAAUGUCGUCUCUCCUGUAUAUGGAACCACAUCAUAUCAAUCCGGCGGCAUUCCUACCUUUGGUGACAGCGCGUCAGGCGGCAUGGGUGCUGUAGAGGAUGCAGAGAGCCAGCAGAACCAAUGGAAGACGCGAUAUGGAAUGCGCGUCGAUAUCUUGGCAGCAUUUGCAUAUAUACUGGGGCCGGUCUCGGCCCUAGUACUACUGAUCAUUGAGACGGAGAACGAUUUCGUUCGGUUUCAUGCAUACCAGUCAGCACUUCUGACAGCCCCCCUCAUACUACUGCGCAUAUUAUUCUCCCUCUUGCAUUUCUGGGGAUUCUUGCGGACAUUAUUGACCCUAUGUAUUUUCGGCUCGGAACUUUUCAUGGCAUACAGAGCUUUCACCGACGCAUCACAGAAUGGGCUUGUUCGAUUCCAGUUACCCUAUAUAGGGGUGCUCGCCGAGCAAUGGCUAGCGGAAGAAUGAGCCAACUUUACCGUUUGCAUUCUGCUUCAUGUAUUGUCUUAUCAUCAAUGCAUCUAUCCUUUGACCAUCGCAG